AAGAUAAUAAGUGAAAUGAAGAGAGAUGAUGAGAAAUAAUAAAUAUCGAUAAAGUGUUUGUAAAAUAGUAAUGUUAAUAUUUAUGUGAGCAUGUAAUAAGGAUAUACAUUUCUAGGAGUGUGGGGAUGGAUGUAAAUUAUAGUAUUUCAAAAAAAUGUUUAAUAGAAUUUUUAAUAUAGCGAAAGGUUUUGGUAUGGUGGGAAGUGGAAGCAUUAAGCAGGGGGCAGUGGUGGGAAUAGCAUUGUGACGUCGAAGAGUGAGAGAGGGAGAUUGAUUUCGUUUCGAUGACAGAGAAUCUGAAGCAUAGUGUGGAUUUGGAAUGCAGCAGCGAUAACAAUAGGCCGUCAAAGAUAUCAAAAAUCGAGUAUCUGAGUGACGUUGACGAAGAAAAACAAGGGAUGAGCCAAAACCCUAGUAAUAGGAUUCAACGCUAUUUGUUCGCAAUCGAGUAUAUCGGGACUCGCUUCUCCGGUUCUCAGAAGCAGCUCAAAGACCGCACCGUCGUCGGUGUUCUCGAGGAGGCUUUUUCUAAAUUUCUUGGCCACCCAGUGCCUGUCUCUUGUUCAAGUCGAACUGAUGCUGGAGUGCAUGCCUUGUCCAAUGUUUGUCAUGUGGAUAUUCAACGGACCAGCAAAAGGAAGCCCGGUGAAGUGUUACCACCUCACGAACCUGCUGUGGUUGGAAGGGCUGUGAACCAUUUCUUACAGAAGCAUGACAGUGACGUUAUGGUUAUUGAUGUUCGAUGUGUUCCAUCUGAUUUUCAUGCCAGAUUUAAAGCACAAGAGCGCACAUACUUCUAUCGAUUGCUGUCUGGACCAGAGCCUUUGUCAACCUUCGAGAAAGAUCGAGCAUGGCAUGUACCUGAGGAGCUUAAUCUUCCAGCUAUGCAAGAAGCAUGCAAAGUUCUUAUUGGAUGCCAUGAUUUUAGUUCCUUCAGAGCAGCUGGUUGUCAGGCAAAAUCACCAAUUAGAACUUUGGAUGAACUCAGUGUCACCGAGGUAAUUGAAAGUCCAUAUUUUCCAUCUGUAAUGGAUAGAGAAAACCAUAAUAAAGUCAGUGAUCUUGUUAGCUUCCCCAGCAACUCUGAAACUGACAUUCCUCCUAGUUCUAGUCCAAGCAUUGAUAAGGUAAUGACAUCAAGUCAAAGCGUAGGAUUUGGCAAAAGAAGGCGACAUCGAUGUUUGGUGGUAACAGCACGUGCACGUGCUUUUCUUUAUCAUCAGGUCAGACUACUUGUUGGUGUUCUCAAGGCUGUUGGCACUGGAAACUUAACAAUUCCGGACGUUGAAAGAAUUUUGAAUGCGAAGACUGUUACUGCCGCAAGUCCAAUGGCCCCGGCAUGUGGUCUCUACCUAGGGGAGGUGAAAUAUGAUCUACCGAAUACUUGAAAGGGCCUCUCGGAAACACGCCGUGGGCUCAAUCCAAUGGACCUGUAGAUGUGCCAUCAAGGAUUUUUAUUUAAUUUAAAGUCCACCAGCAGUGGAUUAAUUUUGUCCCUUGUAUCUCUUCAUAUUCUCGUUUAACGUUACUCGGACUCCCAUCAUUACUUCCCUCCCUUUUACUUAAAAAUUUUUAGAAGAAAAUUAUUAAAAAAAUUUCGCAAACUCCAUGGUGAUUGUCUAAUUAAGCCAUUGGCUACCCAUUCCAAAUUAAGAGAUUCAGUUAUAUUUUUUUA